UGAAAUUGAAAUUUUAUUAUUUAGUACACAUUAUUGCAUUACUGCUGCUGUGUGAAAUGUCAAAAACGUACAAAUGUGUAUUGACGAUUUUUAAUGCAACACUCAAAAAUUCUUUAUGAAAAAGGAAUUCUAAAAAAUUUGAACAUGCUCACGCAAUCACAAUACUCUAAUUUUAAAUUUGUCGGACGUUUGGAUAACAUCAAAACAUUUUAUUCAGGUAUUAAAGCUUUAAAUUUUGGAGAGUACGGAUCGUUUCAAAUUACUGAUGAUGGUUUUCGAGUUACUGUAGAAAAUGGCAAAACGAUACAAGCCAGUUUGUUUAUUACCAUGUCGUGUUUUUCAGAAUAUCACGUCGAUGGCAUUGUAAAUUUCAGCAUAAAUAUGAAUGUUAUAUCAGAGUGUUUGGGUAUAUUUUCUGCCACUAAUUGUAGUAUAAAGAUGUUUUACAAAGGUCACUCAGCUCCACUCAUAAUAGUGCUUGAACCACAUGAUGAAGAUAAUAUCACAACGGAAUGCGCAAUUAAAACGACAAACUACGAGGAGCCCAUCGAUUUUUCAUUAGAUGAAGAUAAUCCUAGUCUUAAUGUUAUUUUUAUACGCGGACCAGAUUUAUCAAACAUUUUUCAUGAGCUGGAUAAAGCCGCUGAAGAAAUAGAAAUAACCUUAUCACCUAGACGACCACAUUUCAAAAUUGAUACUUUGGGGGUAAUGCAAUCUGAAGCUAGUAUAGAAGUUGCAAAAACAAGUGAUAUGAUGAUGUUAUUUAACUGUCGUGAAACAACAACUGCUCGUUACAACAGCUCUCAAAUUCGACUUACACUGAAAGCUUUGUCCGUUGCAAGUAAAGUAGCUAUCAAAACAGAUUCCAGUGGUUUGCUUGAAAUGCAUUUUAUGAUGCAAUCAGAAGACCGAGCAGAAAUGUAUGUACAAUUUUAUAUAACUCCACAAGCGGAUGUUUGAACUAUUUUUAUGUUAUGAUAUAAAUUUUUUUAA